AUAAAACCAGAGCAGCUACAUGCAGCUCACAGUACAAAGCUUCUGUCUGCAACUGUCACCAGGCUGCUGAGGACAAGCUGUUGUCGUGUAACUGCUGUUGUUUUGAGUCAAACAUGGUGCUGGGACUCUCUCUAAGGGUUUCUUGGAUCUGUAUGCUGUUAUUUAGCAGUGGUGCUUGUUUUCCUGCAACAAAAGGAGACUACAAAUACCCCUACACGGCUACCUGGAGUGCCAGCAGUGGUCCUGGAUCAUCAAACCUCCAGUCUGGAGGCUCACGUCAUCCCCUGGUGUCCCUGCAGCAUGAACCAUCUGCUAAAAGUCAGCAGCCUGAAGUAGCCCCCCAACAGCCCAGCUUUGAAACUGGAAACCAGUUUCCAUCCAGAGUGGGAGCUCCCAGUGUGGCUGCAGUCUCCUCGCUGAAUUAUGAGCCGAACAGGUUUAUCGUGUCUUACGACUCAAGCUCUGACAAAUCUGCCAGUGCUCCUGAAGUCCCAUCCCAAGGUGCAGGGUACAUCAGCCCUCCCGUUGGCGCUGGGAAGACUCCCAGCUUCUCUGUGCAACCCCAGCCUGUUUCCAGCACUUCUGGAGAGCCAAAUGUGGGCUCCUAUAGGGUGACCUCCAGCCCAGUCUACGAGGCUUCUCCAGUUCUGUCAUUUGCAUACCCUGCAAACAAUGCUGGUAAAAUGCCUACCUCCUUUGGGUUUGGCGACGGCCCCGUUCCUUACGCCAACGAGCCUACCUCCUUUGGGUUUGGCGACGGCCCCGUUCCUUACGCCAACGAGCCUACCUCCUUGGGGUUUGGCGACGGCCCCGUUCCUUACGGAUACCCAUCUGGUGCAGGAUCACCUUCUUGGGACGAGCAGCCUGCAGGGGAAGCUUACGCCUCAGCCUACGGUCCAAGCAGCUGGGUGCCGUCUCGUCCUUUCCCAGACUUCAGCGCCUGGGACUCGAAUGCAGAGGAGCCGCAGAGCACUAGUGAGACGUCCCCUCUGCCGCCUUCAUCCUACAUCAUCCAGUCCAGGAACGGCUACCAGCGAGCGAGAGAGGUCCUCUCCCACACCAAAUACUCCCCAGAGUACCCUCAGCCACCCAUUGUUCCCUCCUACGCCAAGGGUGCGAGCAACUUUCCACCAAUGACCAGGUCCCAAGGGGGAAAGGCUUAAGGGUAACCUUGGUGACAGAUCUUUGUAACCAUGUCCACAUGUGGAUGAGUAUCUGAAAAGUUAAUAAAAAACAAAACCAAACUGA